CCUCUGGCGGCGACUAUUCUCUCCUCGUCAAUCUUCUAAUCCUUGUCUCUCUUUCACUCUCUCUCUCUCUCUCUCUUCCAAAACGCUCAGAUCCCUCUCUCUGUAGCUCCUAGGGUUUUUUUUUCCUCUCCCUCUAGAAACAUGUCGACCGCUUUAGACAUGGCCCUGGACGAUAUCAUCAAGAGCAACAAGCAGUCCGGAUCCGGCGCCAGAGGCCGUAGCAGGGCCUCCGCACCCGGUCCGGGACCCGCUCGCCGCAUCCCUAACCGCGCCGCCAACCGUACGGGUCCUUAUUCCACCCCCAAGGCGCCGGAGACGACUUGGCAGCACGAUUUGUUCAUGGAAGAGAAUUUGGGGCGAGCCUCUGCCAUAGAGACCGGGACCAAGCUCUACAUAUCCAAUCUCGAUUAUGGUGUUUCCAACGAGGACAUUAAGGAACUGUUUGCUGAAGUUGGUGACCUCAAACGUUAUUCAAUCCAUUACGACAGGAGCGGGAGAUCGAAGGGAACGUCCGAAGUAGUCUUCUCCAGACGAGCAGAUGCUGUGGCUGCUGUUAAGAGAUACAACAAUGUUCAGCUUGAUGGGAAACCAAUGAAGAUAGAGAUUGUGGGAACAAACAUUGCAACACCUGCUGCGCCUCCAGCAGCUAAUGGCACUUUUGGAAAUUCAAAUGGGAUUCCAAGAGGUGGACAAGGUAGAGCUGGUGCACCAGGACGGCCACGUGGCGGCGGUGGUGGCGGCGGCGGCGGUGGCGGUGGCGGCGGCGGUGGUGGCCGUAGCAUUGGAAGGGGUCGUGGACGUGGACGGGGAAGAGGCCGUGGUGAAAAGUUAUCUCAAGAAGAUCUUGAUGCUGAUCUGGAAAAGUAUCAUGAGGAGGCAAAGCAGAAAGAUUGAAGGCAUUAUUAUGUUUUAUUGUUUGGCUAGUACAAUCUCCCGUGGCCUUUUACUGUGUCGUGAUGCAACAACUGAUCUAUUUUGUGUAUCUCUACCAAAAUCCUACUUAGAGAAAAGAGGAAAAAACUACCCGUAGAAUCUUUGUUAUAAGGAGUUUGGCCUGUUAAUGUCGAUUGUUCCUUUGACUUGGUAUAAGUUAUGUGGGUUGAUGGACAGCUGUCAGUAUGUAAUCUGAACCCGUGCUUUUGGUUUUUUAGCUUCCUAAGUUCUUUUUGUUA